UUGUUUUCACUACGGCCGAUGCUUCGAUAAUAAACGAUUUACAAUGAAGUGCCUGGAAUGCUCUGAUGAUACAAGGAAAUAUAAAUGUCCACGGUGCAACAAUUUUUGUUGUUCUUUCGAAUGCUUCAAAAAACACAAAGAUGUUGACUGUACUCCAGCGAAAACGGAAAAUGAAGAAAAGUGCCAGAAAACCGAAAAUGUUAAGAAAACAAUACUUCAGUUCACCACAGAAGACACUGUUGAUCCGGAGAAACUGGAACAAUUAGGCAACAGUGAAGCAUUGAAGGAUCUAUUGAGAAAUCCACACCUACGUGAAUUUAUUCGUGCCGUUGACUCGUCGGAGAAUGCCCGCAAAGCAAUGCGGUAUGCGAUGUUGGAACCACUGUUCAUCGAAUUUGCUGACGAAUGUUUGAAGAUUGUUGAGCCAGAAGAGACCACCAAUACGUGAUUUAGCUUAAGAAAAUAGAAUUUGUAUAGGUUUCAAUUGAAAAAUGUAUCAUAAGUGGACAAAUACAUCAUAAUUGUGAUUAAGCAAAUAUUUAAGACAAAGAAAAUGGAUUAAAAAAGAAAAAGAAAAAUGAAAAAAGAUUGAAACACAACAAUUUUGAAUCAUUUGAAAAAUACGUUAUAAUUUUUAUUUCAUUACAAUUAUUCGCCAAAUAAAUCAGAGAAUUAAACGAAAAA